GCAAAGUUAAAGGACGCGCUAUUUUUGUGUCGUGGAAAAUUACAGCAAAAUGCUUUUAUAAACUGUAACUAAGGAAGUUGAAGUGCUUUGUCACCAGUUUCUUGUUCUUAUCGACAAAGAAAAAGGUGUUUAUUCGAAAAAUCUUACUAAAGUUGACCAAACUCUUUUUCUUGAUUAUUUUUUUAAUCGACUUUUAUAAAUUAAAGUGCUUUUAAAAUUCACUCCAUUUGAAAAAAUUGAAAUUAAAAAACUGUGAAGAAGUGUGAAUAGUAAUCAAUUGACGCCAAAAAUUCCACCCUCAUAUUUGGCAGACAACAAUAUUCGAAAGUUGAAAGCAAAAAUUUAGUCACGAUUUAAGUAGUAGAAGAUUAAAAACCUUUGGAUAUACAAACAAAUAACAAUCAAGCGUUCCAUUUAAAAAGCUUUCAAUUCAAAUUGAUUUCGUAUUAAGCGACGAUGGGAACUGAAAAUGAAAGAACUACAUUGUCGAUUGAAUCAAUUCCAAAAAAUGUGAGUGAAGCACAAAUGGAACAAUCAAGUGAACAACAGCAAGAAGAAAGUAACAAUGAUAAUCCUGACCCUCUCGAGAAUUACAAUCGCGUGAGGAUGAAUGAGAAAAAUGUGAGGCUUGUGGCAUCUGAGAAUGAAAAGUUGAUCUUGAAAGAAGAUGAAGACAAAUACGAGUUCGUGCCACCUGAUGGUGGUUAUGCUUGGCUGGUUCUAUGCGGUGCUAUGUUAAUUAACAUUCUUAUUCCUGGUGGUGCCAUCAAAUCAUUUGGAAUACUCUUCGUGGAAUUUCUUGAACAAAUGGAUGCAUCGCCAACAGCAGCCUCUUGGAUUCCAGCACUUUGUUACUUUCUUUAUUCAUCACUUGGACCUUUGUCGAGUAUUCUGAGUGUCAAAUAUUCAUAUCGAACAGUUACUUUACUUGGUGCUGGCUUUUGCUCAGCCGGAAUGAUUUUGACGCAUUGGGCAACAUCAAUAGAAUAUCUUUACAUCAGCUAUGGAGUGUUUGUUGGCAUAGGAGCUGGAUUGAGUUUUCCGCCAACAGUUUACAUCGUCACUUCAUAUUUUACGAGCAAGCGAGGACUUGCGAAUGGUCUUUGCAUAAGUGGAAGUGCUUUGGGAUCAAUUUUACUCCCACCAUUGCUUCGUGUUCUUCUCGAUCAUUACGGUUAUCGUGGUGCUUGUUUAAUCAUGGGCGCCAUAACAUUGAAUUGCUUUAUCGCUGCAAUUUAUUAUGAUCCAGUUGAAAUGCACAUGAAGAAAGUUAAGAUAGAGAAAAGUGAUGAACAGGAUGACGAUGACAAUUAUCCUUAUGGACGACUGUUCAGAACUGAAAAGAUUCUCGAAGAUCUUGAAGAAGAACCAGAAGCACUCAACGAAAAUGGAAACAAAAAAGCAAAAUUUAUUCUUACACAUGACGAAAGCAAUACACCAGUGGGAACACCAACAAUGGAACAUAAAAUUGACGUUUUUAGGUUUUCUGUACCACGCAGUGGCUUUGAAAGAUCAGCAUCAGCUGUUGUCGUUCAAAACUUUCCGCAUUCAGAACGAACUCGUAAGAUUAGCACACCAUUGAAAGACGAACAUAGAAACGGAACUGUAAACUCUUUCGUCGGACAACUCAACUCAACCCCGUCACUUGUUUCAAACACAAAUUCAAGUAUACGUUUAAAUCGCUUCCAAAGCAAUCGAUUAAGUGCUAGAAAAAGUUUAAAAGCGAGUCCAUCGACGAGUAGCUUUCAAUAUAUCUCAACACCAUAUCAUGGAACUUUAACAUCACUUCAACCAAAUGAAUUCUCAUCACACUUAUCAUUGAGAUCGAUUGCAAGUUCUUUAAAUCCAUUGAAGAGUGCCGACGCUAGAAGUGAAGCAGCUGAACUUACUGGACUCAACAAAUAUUUCGAUCUUUCCUUGUUAACUGAUCCCGUUUAUUUAAUCAUCAUGAUUUCCAAUUGCGCAAAUGCGAUUUCUUACACAAACUUCAUCAUCUUGUUGCCAGCAUAUGCUUUGGAGUUAGGAUUUGAUAAAGAUUACGCAGCUUAUUUGCUUUCGAUUGUCUCGACAUUUGAUUUGAUAGGAAGAAUUGGAGGAUCAGCAUUGAGUGACUUAAACUUGAUACCAAAGACUUGGUUCUUUGUGUGUGGUUUGAUGAUUAGUGGCGUUGGAUUGACUUGUCUAGGUGUUUACAUUGGCAUAACAGCGCUUGUUAUGGCAGACUUGUUAGGUGAAGAGCGACUCACAAGUUCCUAUGGAAUUUCACUUUUCGUUAAUGGAAUUCUUCAGCUUUUGGGUCCACCAUUGUGCUUAUCAAUUUUCGAAAGGAUCGGUGGAUAUCGUCCGAUCUUCCUUGUAUUAGGAUUGUGCCUUUUAGCUGGAUCAUCAUUGUGGUGCUGUAUGCCUUGCGUACAAAGAAGAAAGUUAUUAUUACAGGAAGAAGCUGCGGCAGCCGCUCAAAUGACUGUAGCUUAA